AGUUUGCGCUGCAACUUGUCAAGCGGAGGGAGCGAUGGGAUAGAAAAUGGGGGAUAUGGAGAGGAAAUUUAAGCAGAGCUGGCGAAUUUCUGGAUUUAUUUAUAGUUGUAGAUCAAUUAUCGGUAAAGAGAAAACGCGUUGUUAGGAAUCGACUAUUGUUGUUACCGACGAGAGUAACCCCGUUGCUUUGCAAAUGUCUGAUUCGAGCCCAAACGUGUUGUAGCUUCUGAAUGAGGCCUCGUUGUAUUGCCACUGCUGCGCGCUUUAGUUCAUGAGAUGGUUAGCCGCCUUCACCUUUCAAAAGACAUUACAGACAUACUUCGUCGGAGUUAUCGCUCUAGUUAAUUUACGGGUCUAUUGUUGUUAAUAUCUAAUUAAGUUGUAACAGCACUUACAAAAAAAAAUACUUACUGAAGCUACCGAGUUAACCUUUUUCAUAGCAUCAGCAAUAGCUAGCCAGUUGUUAGCCAACUUUGCCGUUCAGUGUAAGCGUUGUUAGCAUGUAUGCUAGCUAACAUGUUACCUAGCUGUCAGUGUCACCCGCACUCUGAAGUUUGUGAACCAGUUAUUAUUCCAUUUGUCUUUUGAGUAACUAGUUAACUUGAUAAACUUUAUUGCCCAAUGCUGUACCUUGAAGACAAACGAUAUUUCGAAAUAUUAUCACGGAAGCAACCUACAUAGAACAUAAUUGAAUUUACUUUCGAAGAUUACGGAAGCAGCCAUAUUUGGCUUCAGCGACUUUUACACCCUCCCACUGAAAUUAGAAGUGGGGAUCUUCAACGUUGUCCUGGUCACAACACUUUGGAAUACACACAAUGAUCGCGUACUGCUUUUACCAUGAACCUUUUAUUACCAACUUGACCUGAAGCUGAUAGCCAUGCCCUUUGACAGUAAACCAUGGUCUACAUGAACUGUAGUUUCACAUGUAAAUGGCACUACACUGCUGGUUUACUGUCUUCAUUGGAAACGUGUCCCAUGAAUCUCUGUUGUAUUUGCAGGUGCCUAUCAUUGUUCAGAGAAUAAUGCGUCGAGUAGAUAACUAAAUAACAUUUUUAUGACUCGGCUAAUAUUAUCGAAGAUAUUCUCUGUUUUUACCAGCCAUUCAACCAACCAAAACCGGAAACUAGCGCUUCCUCCGUGACUAAACUGGAUAUGCACUUCCACCUUUCAUAUUUUGGUUCAAAUAAAGAUGUUUUAAUAACAUUUAUAAAUAAUAAACUCAAACAUACAAUGUGUCAUAAUUAUUCCGCACACCUGUUCUUUUUCAAUUGAAGUAAUACAAAAGUAAUAGAUAAAUAGUAAAAGUAAAAGAUUUUUUCCCCAAAAGUAUCUGUAAUCUGAUUACAAUAUUUUUGUUGGUAACUGAUAACAGUUACUGAUUUUUCAUUACAUCAUUGGUGUUAUGACAUAACACCAGCCAACCAAGAUGACCUAACCAUGCUACGGAGCAAGAUGUUAGGACAAAGCUACACUCUUAUGAACAAUGAAUCCCAGCAGUGCGCCAGAUUGUGGAGCUCCACGUCAGUGUCUGUUGCACAGCUCUCAACAUCUGUCCCUACGGAUGACGUGUCAGUAGCUCAGUGUGUCUGUGUCCCUGUGAUUGGCAGAUAGACCAUCUGUAGCUGAGAAAUGGAGAGUUUGGGACUGCAGGCGGUGGCCCUCUCUGAUGGCUCCACAGCCUAUAUCGAACAGGCCAUCAAAGAUGGUAACCUAGUGGAAGGCGAUACUAUUCAGUUGGAGGAUGGAACUACAGCCUACAUACAGCAGGUCACUGUACAGGAGAAAGAGCCUCUGCCGUUCGAGGAUGGCCAGGCAGUGCAACUGGAGGAUGGCAGCACUGCAUACAUCCAUCACACACCCAAAGACGGAUAUGACCCCAGCGCAGUGGAGGCGGUGCAGUUGGAGGACGGUAGCACGGCAUAUAUCCACCACCCCUCCUGCCUGCAGGCCGGCAGCACCAUCCUGUCUCUGCAGCCAGGGGGCGCCCUGGGGGAGCUGUCUGCAGAUGACACUGUUGAUCCGGACACCAUCACCACCUUAGAGAACUACGCCAAGAUGACUGGGUCAGAGGUGGAGGUGGAUGAGAACAUGAGCAGUACCAAUGGGCUUCAAGACAUUGAGCCUAUCGUACAGGUCAUGGGGUCGUGGGGCCCCCCUAAGGGUCAGCAGACUGCUGAGAAGACUUUCCGCUGUGAUCAUGAAGGCUGUGGACGCCUCUAUACCACAGCACACCACCUCAAGGUGCAUGAGAGGGCUCACUCAGGUGUUAGACCAUACAGGUGUGACGUGCCGACGUGUGGAAAGGCUUUCGCUACAGGCUACGGCCUGAAGAGCCACCUGCGAACACAUACUGGUGAAAAACCAUACAAGUGUCCUGAAGACAUGUGCUACAAGGCCUUCAAAACCUCUGGAGACCUCCAGAAACAUGUCCGCACACACACAGGUGAGAAGCCGUUUAGGUGCCCGUUUGAGGGUUGCGGCCGUUCCUUCACCACCUCUAAUAUCAGGAAGGUCCAUAUCAGGACACACACCGGGGAGCGACCUUACAUGUGCCACGAGCCUUCCUGCGGACGGGGCUUUGCCAGUGCAACCAACUACAAGAACCACAUGAGAAUACACACGGGCGAGAAGCCUUACCUGUGCACAGUGCCCGGCUGUGGGAAGAGGUUUACGGAGUACUCCAGCCUGUACAAGCACCACGUGGUUCACACACACUGCAAGCCCUACACCUGCAACCACUGUGGAAAGACCUACCGGCAGACCUCCACGCUGGCCAUGCACAAACGCACCACGCACGGAGACUUUGAGGCCACAGAAAAUGGGGAAGCGAUGGAUGACCAAUCGCAGGCCUCCUUUCUGAAUAGGACAGAACAGAAAGAGGACGUGUUGGAUUCACAGGACAUCAUUGGUUCUCAGGUGGGUUUGUCAGCAGAGGAUCUACAGGCGCUCGGCACAGCCAUCACCAUGGUAACACAGGACGGCACAGCCAUCUCCCUGCCGAGCCACCAGACUGACAUGGCCACCAUGGGACACCACCACAUCACCAUGGUAACAGAGGAGGGCAAGGAGCUGCAGCCGGUUGCCAUAGUGACGUCGGAGGGUAUCAUGACAGGCAGCUCUCAGGGCUCGGGGCCCCACUACCAGCAGGUGGCGCUCCUGGCCACAGCUAACGGCACCCAGAUCGCUGUUCAGCUAGAGGAGCAGCAUACGUUGGAGGAGGCCAUCAGCAUGGCGACAGCUGCCAUCCAGCAGGGAGGGCUGGUUCAGGACGAGGACACGUUAGACGGGGGCUGCUGACACCUACCCCCAACCUCUACCUGGGUACGACACAGAGCCCGCCUCAAGGAGCUCCAACCACCAGCACUCCAGGAGACUGUCUCUGGCCACGGAGUGGGCAGAACUCAUCUCAGAGCUCCUAACCAAUCGGAGAGCAUGGGAAUCUGAGAAGCUGUUGUCAUGGAGACUUGGUUUUGAAUGUUCAGAUGUGAGCAUGAGCAGGUCUUUGUUUGUUUUUAGCCCCAGUACAGUAGCUUACUCUUCCUGCUGCUUCCGGGAAGCAGCACUCGCACUAACCUAGCUCCAGCCUUCAUAAUCACAAAACAUAAGCGCUAAAUGCCAUGUAAUAAUCAUGACACAACAACUCAUUUCUCUGACUGCAAUGACUUUUCCAGGAAACAGUACUGUGUACUUCUGCGUCUACUCACAAAGCUCAAAAACUCUGGUCAAGGUUUGGUUUGGAGAGCACCUUCUUGAGUUCAACUGAAACAUUGGUUAAACAAUUCAGAGAUGGACUGUCGAUCCAAAGAGCUAUAAGUUGCCUUGCCUACAUCAUUAAAGGGUUCACUGUGAGCAAUAUCGUGCUGUGACAUUUAUCUGGAUCUGUGAUGAAGUUGCAGAGGUGUACAUUUGUCAAUAAAUAGCUUUACCUCUGA